UCUUUAAUCUCUUUCGGCAUGAGUAAUGAGCAGCAAGUGUAUUUGUACAAAAACGUAGUGCCAGAACCGCGCGACGAGUAUGACGUCAUAAAAAAACACUAUCCGCACAUAUCGCACGCGCAUCCUUCCUGUGACUCAAGAAUGUUAUAGUUAAUACACCUCCUUAUGCCAAGUCGUCAGUCGAAGUCCAUCGGUCGCGAGAGAUGUUGCUCUGCGAUUCUUUCGCUCAAACUUGAACGACUAGUGUACAAUCAUAACUCAUUAUAAGCGCGCGCGAUAAAAGUCGCGAUCGGACGGAGAAGCUUUAAUUAACGUACACAUGCACGUGUUGAGAGGGAAGUGUCUAUCAGUGAUUAAAUUCGCGGCCGAGCUGUGGUCGAGUGUAUAGUCGAGUGAACUAGUGUGCUUUUAUUUCUCUAAAAUAGCCGCACGCUGUAAUAUCGUGCUCAAAUUUGUCGGACAAUGUUGUUUCUAUUAGCGCUGCUGUCCACGUUGCAUCUGCAUCAUCAUCAGGCUCUGGGUUACAACGUCGACGAUAAGCAUCCAAAGAUAUUCAGCAGCGAAGCGGCGGCAGGCGAAAGCUACUUCGGCUAUUCGGUAGCGCUUUACGCCGGCGGCGAAGACUCGGUGCUGCUCGUCGGGGCACCUAGAGCCAAUUCGAGCUUUUUUCCCGGCGUCUUCGAGCCCGGAGCCGUGUACCGCUGCUCACCGGCUAACGGCUCCUGCAGCGAGUGGCUCAUAGACGUCAGUGGUGAACGUCAGGUCAAGGAUGGAAGCUGGUUGGGUGCCAGCAUGGACCUUCGUGUGCCGCGGGAGGACGAGUCGACGGAAGCGAGAGUCGCGAUCUGUGCGCCACGCUGGAAGAAAGAGACCUUAUACGCGCCGAAAAGGUCCUACAUGAACGGGAUGUGCUUCUCGAGCGGAGUCUCCAGACGCGGUACCAGUCGGCGAUACUUUCCGCUCUCGAAGACGGCAUCGCAGACUGUGUCGAUGAUGGACGGAAAUAACUACUACGACCACGGAAUGGCCGAGGCUGGAUUCUCCGUGCACUGGCCGACCAACAGUCGGCUGCAAUUCGCGCUCGGUGCACCUGGGGCCGCGAUCUGGUCAGGAUCGAGCUUACUGCUCACCGAGAAGCUGUGGGACAGCGCCACUGACAAUUUCGAAGCCACGAUUCCGAAAAUUCUCGGCGACGCCAGAUUCGAGAGAAGCGACUACUUCGGCUACGCGAUCACGUCCGGUCAGUUCUACGAGCCGGGCGAAGUGUUGUACGCCGCUGGUGCCCCUCGCAGUUCCAGAACCCGGGGCAAGGUAUUCGUUUAUCAGUUCCCCAGCCAUGCGAAUAGGCAGCUGCUGGUAAAGGACAUACUCGAUGGCGAGCAAUACGGCGAGUAUUUCGGCUCUGCGCUGACGGCUUGCGACGUCAACAGCGACGGCAGGGACGACCUGAUAAUUGGUGCUCCUCUUUGGUCCAGACUGUCGGACGAGGGCAGAGUCUACGCUUACGUGACCCAGGGAGCCAACGGCAGGACGAGUUUCUCGGUGCAGCGGAUCACGGGAGAACUCGAGGAGUCAGGCGCUCGGUUCGGCAGCGCGCUCAGCUGUCUCGGCGACCUGGAUUACGACGGUUACGCCGACCUGGCCGUGUCAGCGCCUUACGAGGACGACCAUCGUGGUGCCAUCUACAUCUUCCAGGGUCGCGCCGAGGGCAUAGCCGAGCGAUACUCGCAGAGGAUUCGCGCUGCCGAGCUUAGUCCGAGACUUCAGGGUUUCGGUCAGGCGAUCGCCCGGGACCUCCAGGGCAACCUAGCCGUCGGUGCCUACCUAUCGGGACACGCCGUCCUCCUUGCCAGCAGACCUGUCCUCGUAAUGAGCCUAGAGGUUCGAGUCUCUGAGAACAAGUACAGCCUCUUGACCAACCAGACGAACCUUCCCCUCGAGUUUUGCUCCAGCUACGAUGGACUUAACAACAACGCACCCGAUGUCAUCAACGCCACGUUCACCGUACAAGUUGACAAGUUCCAUCACCGGGCCAUCAUCUACGAGAAAGUAGCUUUCGGUGACACCUACAGGCUUGUCGGCAGCUUGACCAGGGGUCAAGAGAAGUGCACUUCGAUCAAGGCCUAUUUCAAAAAAAAUCAUCAAAACUUCAUCGACCCAAUAAUGGUGAAAGCUCAGGUCAACCUGACGGAUUCGUCCUGUCCGAACUGUCCAGUAAUCAGUCCCCAGCUGUCCAAGACCGUCGACGAGCUGAAGUUGGCCUUUCUCCUGGACUGUGGCGAAGACGCCGUCUGCGUUGCGGAUUUGCGAGUAGUCAACGUUACGAGUCCAGACCUACCGACUGGACGAUUCGUAAUCGGCUCAAAACCGAGCGUCAACCUGAGCCUCGCGAUCGAAAACAACGGAGAACCCGCGUACAGGGCCCAAGCGCACGUGUACGUCCCGCAGCCCAUAGGAUUGGCCAGAAUACCGCCGGAGUGCAAUGAACAGGCUCAGAUAAUAAAUAGAACGCUCGAGCUCAUCUGCAACGUGGGCAAUCCGCUUCGAGACAACUAUACGCUCCUUCUUGAGCUGGACAUGAGCGCGAUCGUCUACGAGGAUGAAACUCAAGAGAUCCAAGUGGUGCUGACCAGUCAAAGCCAGGACAAACACUUUUUCGACAAUAUCCAAACAUUCCUCAUCAGUUACGACGUGGAGGCCGACGUCGCGAUCGUUGGAAAAUCCUACGAAGAUUCGUACGCUCUGUUCGAGCGAGAUGUAACGGAAAAAAACUAUUCGAAGCAUUCGUUCGAUCACGUUUACGAAAUUCAAAAGUUCGGCGCUACUCCAAUCGAAGAGGCUCGUCUCACCCUAAAUGUGCCGACGCAUUGGAACGAUAGCGAAAUCGCGAGAAUUCGCCACGUGCAGGGAUACAUGGAAGGGCGGAAGUUGGGUUGCAAAAAUGUUGGCAAAGAAGAGUCGGAUUCGGUUCUGAUACUCCCGUUGAACAGAACGUUGUUUGGCGAAGGAAACAAUUCUGUAACGGUCACUUCCGAGGCUCGAGCGUUUUACGUCAAUUGCACCAACCAAGACGUAGCCUGUCAGACGUUCCUCUGCAUACUGGGUCCCUUUGUCAAAAAAAACUCGGUGGCCAAAGUGACCGUGUCGAUGGAUCUUGAACUGUCGAAUAACACUAUCGAGGAAAUGAAAGGUAAAGACGUUUUGUUGUUCGUCAGCGAAGCAUUCGUAAAAAUAACGCAACCAAACAUAACGUUGGAAUCGGACAAUAAGAAGCCGAAUUUCAAACAGAUUUCCACGAUAUUUUUCCGUCUGCGUCAAGCCAAAGAAGCUGCCAUUGUGCCGUUAUGGAUCAUCGUUUUAUCAGUAUUAUUAGGGAUAGUUCUUACGACAAUUUUAACUGCAUUACUCGUGAAAUUCGGGUUCUUUAACAGAAGAAUAAAAGAUGAUUUGGACGCUCUUAAAUCAACAGACGAGGUAAACCGUCAAAGUGAAGGCAUUGAAAAAUUUUAAAAUACCGCAAGAUCAAAUGCGUUUCACCGAAUACUAUUGCGUUUCAAGUUUCAUCAUGAUAUAUUACGAUAAAAUAAUAUAUGCGUACUAAAUGUACAAAAACUUGUUGUUUAUGCACCCUUAAAUUUUGUACAUACUUAGAUACUAAUGAAGCGAGUUGAAAUAAAGAAUUGAAUUAUGGUAUCGAAAGAGAUAUAACACAUCCUGGUUGAGACUGAAUGAUAAAUCAGCUAAUUCGUAUCAAAGCAAGGAAUUUUGAUAUGGACCGCAUCAUUCAUCUCUAGUAUGGCAUGCAUAAGUAUGUACAAUGGCAUUUAUAUUUUAUUAAAUAAACAAUCUCAUUAUUA